AUGAUCACGGACAGGGUCUAUAAUUGGUGCAAACAGUCGGAUACUGUCACUUCUGAACUGGCAAAAGAUCCAUCACAAUGCCCGUGGAAAAUUUUCAAAGAUCUUUAUGAGACCCACGAUCAUACUCCCCAUCCCAAAAGAUCCGUCGACUGUGUAAGCGCAUCAUCGGAUGAAUUGUCGUCUACACAGGAAAAAGAUCAAUUACAGAAAGCGCUUUCUUGCGGAAACUGGGGAUCAUCAGUGCCUAGCGAAUUAUUCCUGCAGGUUUACCAUGGCGCAAUUGGCUCCUUGGAAAAGGGUCCAUCCUCUGGAGUUGUUUCGCCUCCUUUACUAGGAAGCACUGGUGUUGUCCCCUUGACUAUAGUUGCGCCUUUACCAGAUCUUUGUCGACAUCUUGCAAAUUGUAUCGCGCGAGCCAAACAUGAAGUCUUCCUCGGCACAAACUUUUGGGUUCAUUCGGACGCGUCGACCCUGGUUACCAAUGCUAUCCGAGAAUUGUCCAAGAGAGCUGGACAGCGUGGUGAGAAAAUUGUUAUGAAGAUGGUCUAUGAUAGGGGCAAUCCAAGACAGGCAUGGGAAAACCGACUGAGAGUCCCAGAAGAUCAAUAUUCGGUGGGGAAAGUCCGAUUACCUGCCGCGGAGGAGAUCCCCCACGUUGAUCUACAAGUUAUCAACUUUCACCGACCGAUCUUUGGCACAUUUCAUGCCAAGUUUUCCGUCAUUGACCGACGCAUAGCUCUAUUACAGAGCAGCAAUAUCCAAGACAAUGAUAAUUUGGAAAUGCUCUCUCAUAUCGAAGGACCAAUCGUUGAUUCGUUCUACGACGCAGCUCUCUUGUCAUGGGGAAAGCCUCUGGAUCCUCCUUUGCCGCUUCUGAACUCUCCUGCUAUACAUGCUCCAAUCCCCUGCCAUGAAGCUAGAAGUCCUGACCUGUCCUUGGCCAAUGGAACUGAAAUUUUUCCAGAACACUCAACAAGUUCGUCAUACUAUGAUGUGAGCCUGGCGCAGGAGGCAAAACGUGUGAAUAGUGGUGUUUAUCUCAGGGGUGAAGAAUCACCGACACAAGCGGUCACUCGCUAUUUGAAUACUACAAUCCAGCCUGAUACAACCGGGGAUGCACCAAAAAGCGACCAAGAGGACAGAAUGACACCCUACACAGUAUUGCCCAGCCAUGACCCAGUGCCCAUGGCUUUGGUAAACAGAGAACCAUAUGGAGCUCCAAACCACAAUAGCAUCGAUACUCCCCAGAACGGUGCCUGGUUAUCCGCAAUUAAUCAUGCGCAAAAAUCUAUCUUCAUUCAAACACCCAACAUGAAUGCCGAGCCGUUGCUCGAGCCCCUUCUGAAUGCUGUCCGCCGCGGCAUCAUUGUCACAUGCUAUUUGUGCUUGGGCUAUAAUGACGCAGGAGAGCUAUUGCCUUUCCAGAAUGGUACAAAUGAAAUGAUCGCGAACAGGUUAUACAAUUCUCUUAAUUCUGAAAAGGAAAAAGAGCGACUCCGCAUAUUCUACUAUGUUGGCAAAGACCAAACAAGACCGAUUCAUAACUCGUUCAAAAAGCGAAGCUGCCACAUUAAGUUGAUGAUAGUUGACGAGCAGAUUGCUAUACAAGGAAAUGGAAACCUCGAUACACAGUCUUUCUUUCACAGUCAAGAGAUCAAUGUUUUGAUUGACUCGGCCUUGAUUUGCAAGGAAUGGCUUGGAAUCCUUGACCGAAACCAGAAUACUGCCAAGUACGGUGCUACCAGCAUCGAGGAUGGCUGCUGGCAUGACCCUGAUACGGGUGAAAUUCCACCAGGGUCUAUUGGUACUGAUCCUGGAAGGCUCAGCUGGGCACGUGGCGUUAUUGGUGCGGUAAAGAGGGUAAGAGGAGUCGGAGGUUUUUAA